GCCACGUGGGGCUCGAGGGCUGGGCUUAGGAAGUAAGCUGCGCUGUCAGAUUCCAAAACCUACUCAGUGCUCACAGCUGAUAAAUUUGCGGGGGCCACACAAGGCUGCGACAACCUGGGCUUGUCGCACGGGAAGACAAGGCGAACAGUAAACAGGAGGACAAGCAGGCUUGGCUUUCAGACUGCAGGGGUGUGACAUAAACUCAACGGAACACUGUCAAGAAUGAUCCCACCGCAGGAUAGGAGUGGAAGCUCCUGCAGUAAGGAGUCCCUUGUAAAGUGCCUUCAAGCUAAGAAAGACUUGGAGACAGCUAUUGCUGGAGUUGUCAAGGCUGAACAACAAAUUGAAGUCAACUGGAGAGAGGUCAAAGCUCAGAUUCACAGCUGCAUAAGUCGUCAUAUGGAAUGUCUGCGCAGUCGUGAAGUUUGGCUGCUUGAACAGGUAGAUCUCAUUCAGCAGCUCAAAGAGGAGACCUUGCAACAGCAAACAUACCAACUCUACUGGUUGCUGGGACAGUUCAAUUGUCUUAUCCAUCAACUGGAACACCCCCAUACUAAUGACCUAGUCAAUCAGAUUUCUGUGUGCCUGGAGAGACUAGGCAGUCUGACCCUCAAACCAGAAGAGUCUUCCAACCUGAACUUUGAGGCUGAUACAUCUUUCCUUCGCCAGGCCAUCAUGUCGUUUGGCUCAAUUAAAACAAUGCAAACUCCUGAGACAGAAAAUGCCUCCCCUUGGAUGUCAGUGCAGAACUGCACGCUGGCCCAACAUGAACAGAAGAAACUAUUGUCUGGGACUUUGGGUUCCCCACUCAGUGAUUGGCUACUUGGAAGCAAGUCUGCUAGCAUUUGCCAGGCUCCAUAUGCUCCCAGCAUCAACCCUGAGGACUGGCUUAUGAAAAAGCACAUGCCAGAGACCAGCCAGGAUUUAAAUUCUUCCAAAGUCUGUUAUUUGGAGGAAGCCUGGGGAAAUCUGAAAGAUUUGGAAAACUGGCUCCUGCAGAAUCAGCAAAGAGAAGAAACUUCUGAAAAAACAGAUUCCCAUAAGCACAAGAGCUCUUAUUCCACCAGUGGCUCCUUCAUUUCCACUGAAAAGAUGGAUCAAUUGGAGUUCCUUGAGCAAGAAGAGAUGGACAUUUCUGACUGGCUGCUUACUCCUUCAGGCCCAGAAAAUGGAAGUAGUGCCUCAGAAGAGAAAUGGAAAUGUGUGUUUAAACCUUUUAGGGAGGAAUAUAACAUAAAUGAUUGGCUUCCCAAAGCUGACUCCUGCACUAACUGUCAUGGCAGUCAGGCCAAGAGUGUAGAGAUAGAAAACCUUGGAAAUCUUAAGUGCCUGAAUGAGCAUCAUGAUGUGAAGAAAUCACCCACGGUAUCUACCAACGUCUGGCUUGUACAGCACCCCAAGACUCCAUUUAAAGUGGAAGAUGUGUGCAAAGCUAAUGAGCCAUGCACUAACUUUUCAGAGUGUGUGUGUGAUGACAGCUGUGAAAAGGAAGUUCUGUGUAAGUGGCUCCUGAAGAAAGAGGGGAAGGAUAAAAAUGGCAUGCCAGUAAGCCAGAUACCAGUGGUGAACCCUGAGUCUGAGAAGCCUAAAUCUGCUGUCAACAUUUGGCUUCAUCCCUCCAGGCAGCUCCCAGAGGAGUCAGCUACUACCACAGUGAAAUUGGAUAGCUCAGUGAAGGUUGUAGAGCCUCUAAAAGCAUUGCUUGAGAGUCCAUUGACAACCUGGCUAGCCAAAUCAGUGCACAAAGCAGCAAGCACAGAAGAAAAGGCAAACGGGGAGAAAGCAGAAGUUAGCUUCAAGAGUCCCUUUCUAGACCUCCUGGCCCCAUUCCACCUUCCUCUGAAUGUCAACAGUUGGACGUUGUCUUCAAAGAAUAUAGAAAAUGUCAACCAGCCUCCAUUGGAAGAUAAAUGGCUGCUACGCAAGAAGGCACAAGACUAUGGCCUACCUACAGUUUGUGAUCUUUUUGCCUGUAUGAAACUGAACGGAGAUAGAGAAAAGUGGCUGUACCAGACUCCUUUACAGAAGUGAAGAACCUGAAGCAUUAGAACCACGUCACCUUCCUGCUGAUUGCCACACAUACAUAUACUAUGUCAUUGCAGUCUGCUGAAUAAUUGCUUGUGUCUAACUAGUCUGCUUUAGCUAAAAGACAAACUAUACUUAUAGGUAACUGAGUUAUGGUGCAGAAAAUGCCUUUGUGUUAUAAAUGACUCCUGAGUGCAGGCCUGCUGAAUAUAAGCACACUGACAUAAUAGGCAUUUGUAAGAGCAUAUCUUUCAUGGGCCCAUGUGAAGCUUCUUUUAUGGGUUAUCACUUGAAGCAUGUUGAAGCUCAGAGCAAUUGUAAAAUGAAAUGUCUUUGCUGUGAAAUCUGCAUCUCUGGUGCUUGGAAUGUACUAUAUAGUGUUGCAGUUUCCUUGCCCAAAAGGUUGCCUUUCAUAUUCUGGAACUUUAUCUUGAGAAGGAUUCAUCUUUUUCAGAUAGCUUAUUCCUUAGUUGGAAGCAAUUGUUUGUUAACCUUUGAAGGAUGGCAGUUGUUGCUUGCAUCCUGUGUACAACUCAGCCCAACGCUGUUAAAUGUA